AUGCUUCACCGACUAUACUGGUUGGCGCUAACAUGGCUCAUCCUACCUUCAGUCACAUGCCAUCAGUUCAACUCCUCUUUCACGCCAGAUCACAUACAUUACCUCCAAAAUGAGACAAAGGAACUUUUCAAGUUCGGAUGGAACGCCUACAUACAGCACGGUUUUCCAGCAGACGAGGUCAGGCCUCUCACUUGUGAAAGCUACGGUCCAGACUAUAAUGACGUGGACAAUACUAUCCGCAACGAUGCAAUGGGAAACGUAUCGCUGACAGUCUUGGACAAUCUUGACUCGCUCAUCAUCCUUGAGCAAUGGGACGAGUUGGAGGACAUGCUUACCUACUUGAAGAGCAAUAUGGAUCUAUUCGAACAGGAUACCGUCGUCCAGGUGUUCGAGCUGUCGAUCAGAUCACUAGGCGGAUUAUUGAGUGCACAUUUGUUGCUAUCCGAUACACCUCAUGCUUCUCAUCACAACGGCAGAUUCCACCAAUUGUCGAAGGAUUAUGACGGAUUCUUGCUAGACUUAGCCCACGACCUAGGAAAACGUCUCAUUCCUACCUACAAGACCUCGACUCAUGUGCCAGUACCAAGAGUAAACCUAGCAAGGGGAAUUAAGGGCGUACCUUCAAAACUACAGAAAGAUGCAUGCACAGCAGGAGCAACAACACCGGUGUUGGAGUUUACGCUAUUGUCCAAAUUGACUGGAGAUCCCCAGUUCGAGUACUACUCUCAAUUAACCUUCUGGAAGCUUUGGUCCUCCAAGCUGGCCCUCAAUUUAUUGCCGAUGACUAUUGAUCCACUAUCGAAUCUGUGGAAGGAUGCAUUGACUGGGAUAGGUGCAUCGAUCGAUUCGUUUUACGAAUAUUCCGCAAAGGCUGCCAUUAUUUUCGACGACGACUACAUGUGGUCGGUAUUCAAAACUUCUUACAAGGCAUUGUUGAUUCACCUGGCUCAAGGCGGAGGCUAUAGAGAUGGGUCCAUGAUCUUUUCAAACGUGGGCAUUAACGAUGGGAUUGUCUUCAGCGAUUGGAUUGACUCGUUGGGUGCGUUCUGGGCGGGUUUGCAAGUCUUGACUGGACAGGUCACGGAUGCAAUUAAAACACAUAUCGUAUAUCUCAAGAUUUGGAAUUACUUUGAACUGAUUCCAGAGAGAUGGGUUUACACCCAUGGCGAUAAUAUCAAUGUCACUUCUAACGAUUCAAUCAGACUAGAGUGGUACCCAUUGAGACCCGAGUUUAUCGAGUCCACUUAUUAUUUGUACCGUGCAACCAGAGACCCCAUGUACUUGCAGGUAGGUGAAAGAAUCCUUAACCUUUAUAAGACUAAGUUUAAAGCCAAAUGUGGGUUCAGUGGUAUUCAAGAUAUUAGAACAGGUGCAAGACAAAACAGAAUGGAAACCUUCGUUUUGGGAGAGACAUUGAAAUAUUUGUACCUCUUGUUUGACACAAAGGAUGAGAAUUUCUUGCACUCAAAAUCCAUGAAUGGAAAGAACUGGAUAUUUUCAACAGAAGCACACCCUUUGUGGUAUCACAAAGGAUUAAAAUCAAAAUCUCAAAAGGAGCUUGUUAAGGAGGAUAUUAUCAAAGUAAAAAAGCGUCCAUUUCGCUCGAUGCUUUCGAAAGUCCAGAGACACAAUUUAAAUCUUUUAGACUCGGAUGACAAAUCAUUUUAUAGAAACAUUUCAUUGCCUUUGGUUGCAGAUUUUGCCCUUCCUCAGAGCCAGAACUACAUCAAAAAAAUUGAUCCCUUCCAGCAAAAGUUUGACACCUGUGAAAUCAAUCCAUUUCAAAAAUUGAUUGAUUCCAAGAACAGCUUUAUGAUCUCUGGAUAUUAUGCUUGGGACUACUUGUUUGAAUCAGAUUACAGCUAUGAAAAGUCACUCAAAAAGCCUCACUACCUUUCAAAUUCCAGUUUAGAUGGGAGCUACGUUGAGUUAACAAAGUCAUUUUAUGACAAGUAUACCAUGUUUUCUAAUAAAGACGAAAGGGAACAUUUUUUGCAGUGUCCUAGACCGAAGACCAGCGAAGAGUUUACGGUCAUGAUUGGAGAUAUCAGCGGAAUCACCCAAGUUGAGGUCUCCAAAUUAGUUUACAACGAGAGUGUUUCCCGGAACGAUAGCGAUCUACUCUUGCUUGAAAAAGAUUUGUGGGUUCCUGAAUUGCAAUCGUUAAAAGUGACAUUUGAGAGGCUCAACGUCGGAAAAGUGGAUUCAGACAACGAACUCUUACAACAAGACUAUAUCGAGUCGUUGUAUCUUGAGAAGUAUGGGACAACCGGUGAGUGUGCAGUGACUGAACGGUACAAUAACCAGCAAGAGGAAUCGGCAUUGAGAAUCAAUAAACUUAACGGGGUUAGUGUAUAUCCUGGUUCUAUUGUGUGGACUUUACCAUUUGAAGUCCAGGGAAAGAAUCCAGUGGCAUCCAUCAGCAGCAACGGAAGAGUCAUACUACAAGGAGAAGUGAUAGAAAACUUAAUGGUGUGGUAUGGCGAUUAG